UGAAUGACAUCUCGCUCGGACUUCAUUGCCUGCGCUGCCCUCUGGUGUUCUCCUUGAGAUAUCAUCAACUGCAUUUAGUCUUGUUUAUCUGUGAUUUGUAUUACAAUUCUUUAUUUUGUGUUUGAGCAAUAAACUGACACCUGUAUGUAGGCUCUUCAUUCACUUUGUAUUUUUUUAAUAUUUUUAAUUUAAUUCUAUUAAUCAACAAACCUUUGAGGCUCAAUUCAGAAGUGAGAAACGUCAACAGGUGUCGAUACAGUGCGAUCAAACUAAAAUAACGUUUAAACAUUUCAUUAUCUCUUUACCAAGGAGGGAGGGUCUGCUCUAUAAGUCCUAUAAUGAAAAAUAUGUAUUCCUUGUUUGUUGUGUAUUGAAGGGAUUUUGCAUUUAUUUUGUGUUCAUGCUUCCAUCCGUUGAUCUGGACCUUUAAAUACAUGCAUUCGUGAAUAAAGAGUUUACCCCACAAAAAAUAAAAUCAUUUAUGAGAAACUCUAUAAAGUUUAAGUCUCAUACAUCACAUUUAGAAGGUGUAGCAGUGUGUAUAUUUACCUUGGAUGCAGCUCUGAAACACAAAGAGAAAUGCAUUAAGUCUGUAUGCUUCCACUUUAAGAGCUAGAAACAGCAGAACAGCCUUUACAGGAUUCAGGCCCUGGCAUCCUGCAGCGACCUGUGACCAUUAUCACCACAACCCUUAACAUGUCUUCCUCCAUUGUGUCCUCUCCCCCCAACAUCUGUCCGUCCCUGUGAGUCCUGCUGGCCCUCGCUGUGUCCCGUUGUGGUAGAGAGUACAGUAGGUGAGGUGUGAGAAGGAGGAGGGUGAGGAAGGGGAGCUGAAGGAUCCAGUUGUGUUUUGUAUGCAGGCGGGGCACGUUGGGACCAGGACCUACUACUUCAGCGCAGACAGCCAUGAGGAACAGGAGCAGUGGAUCAGAGCCAUGAGUGAGGCAGCAGAGGUCACCAUCGAGCCGUCACAGAGAAUACACCCUGCAGUGGAUCCAAACCACACUAUGGUGACCAAGGCCCCAAACACAAACAAUGAUACUGUCAGUGAGCUCCCCCCACAGCCUAAGGCCAACGGGGUCAACAGCCUUGAGACACCCCCACCCUCCACCCCCUGCUCUGAUCAGGAGCGAAAAAAUACUGACGGAAGACAAGGAGAAGGUGAGGAUGGGGGUUGGAGAACAGGUCCUGACCCCACCUCUCACCCGAGACAGCAUCCAAAUGGAUGGGGCAAAACCGGCCCUCGUAACAGCCUGCCCCCCAACAGCCACAGCAAACCCCUUCUAUCCAGGAGUCACAGUGGACAUCAUGCCCUCCAGGGCCACCUGGAGAGGGGUGGAGGCCCCCCACAGGACAGCAGGGAGCAGCAGGAGAAUGUUGUGUUGAGGAGGGGCUUCGUGCCCAGGACGGCUCCAGAGAGGGUGGCCCAGAGAAAGAGCUCAAUGGCCCAGCUGCAGCAGUGGGUCAAUCAGCGGAGAGGCAUGGCCUCCCAGGAGGACCUCAACAGCCCAUCUCAUUACUACCCAGUAAAUCAAGGGCUUUUAGGGGACUACUAUGGCUACCCUGGUGGCCCCCAGUACAUGGAGGAGUGCCCUCUUUACCCGCCAGGGGUCCGACCCGACAGUAUUAGCUCUGCUAUGGGGGCUUGCGACCGGCGCUGGACUGUGGAGAACAAGCGGCACUCACUAAGGGACGGACCCCAUCAGUUGUAUGGACCCCCAAUGCCGAGGGACCAAUGGGGGCCGGCCUACUAUGGUGGAAUGGAAAAGUCCAUGAGACGUCUGUCCGUACAGCCACGCUCUAGAUCUGUACCCAGGUCACCUUCCUCGUCCUGUGGGGGGCCCUACUCACCGGUGCAGCACAGCUUCACCUCGCCUGCACGCUCGCCGUCCGCCCGCUUCGACCGGCUGCCAGCCAGGCUGAGGGAUGACGUGAUCUACGCUGACCCCUCCGUCUACAGCCUGAGGAGGUCUCUGAGCUCCCCAAAGUAUGACUACCCUGGUGAAAGGAGGUCCUUAAACCAAGGAUUAUACCACUACAACUACCCUGUAUCCCCUUCCCUCCACAGUAAAACGGUACCGCCUUUCCAUGACGUCUACAGCAGAGAGUUACAUCCUACACUGAAGCUCAACGAGAUUGAAACUAGUAAACUCUUGGGUAGGCUGUGUGAGCAGAACGGAAUUCUGAAAGACCACGAGGCUGUGGUUCACAGGCUGAGAAUGGACAAGGACAGCCUAGAGGAGGUGCUGGUGGGGACUCAUCAGGAGAUGGAGCUGUACCAUAACCAGCCUAUGGCCAUGGAAAAGCUGCGUUAUAAAAAGGACACUUUGCAGAACCAACUGAUCAACAUUAGAGGGGAACUGUCCCAGGCCUCCAGUGCUUUAACCACCACCCGUAUGGAGUUUGAAGCAUUAGAGGACGAGGCCAAUGCAAUUCAUGGAGAUCUUUGGGAGCAGCUGAAUGCAGGAGGGCAGAGCGAGCUGGUUCGUCGGCACAUCCAAAAAGAGUUCUGGAGAGUCCAGGAUGUGUUAGAGGGACUGCACAAGAAUAACUCAUCCAGAGGCACUGACACAGCCAAGCACAGAGUGGCCAGCGGUGCUUCAGGCUCCUUUAGCACCAAUAGUCCAGCCAGUCCCCUGAGCUCAGUAAGCAUCACCAGCCCACUCAGCCCCUUCUCCCCAGUGCCCGGCUCCCAGGCUUCCCCCACCAAACCGCUGGGCCCGGAGGAAAGUGUUCCACCAAGGCCUCCCCUCCCUAAAUCUUAUUACCCUUUGGAGCCCUCCCCCACUUUCCCUCCCUCCAUCCCCCCCCUGCCCUUUGACAGCACCGCCUGGCUGCGCAGCUUGGGCAUCGACGAAGCUUAUCUUGAUGGUGAAGACUGUCACAGCAGAAAGCUCAUCAGUGACAUGCAGGAGCAGGACAGACAAUCCACCAUGAAUAAAGUUGGCAUUGUCCCUCCUAGAACCAAGUCCCCCACCGCCGAGUCCCACAGCCGCUCUGCUGCAGUGAGCUGGAAAGUUCCCAACGGAAUAUCGAGGGAGCGUCCAAAGAGUGCUGUGUUUCCUGCAGAGCUCAAAUCCAAAAUGAGUGUGGAGGAGCAGAAUGAGCGAAUCCGACGAAACCAAAGCAGCUCUGUGAGGGACAAGAGGAGGAGUCUGAACCUUUCAGGAGGCCAGUCUCCAGCCAACUACAGAGUGAUUCGAAGGAGGCUGACCGCUCACGAGAUCGACAUUAAUGACCUGGAGGCGGCAGUGCGGGGUCAGGGGCAGGAGUCUCCACGGGAGGAAAUUGCUCGCCUGAGGCAGGUGAAGGGGGAGGCCAACCGGUAUCACCUGGACAUCAGCACGGAGCUUCUGACUCCUGACAAGGUUCUGAUCCCGGAGCGCUACCUGGAUGUGGAGGACAACACUCCUCUGAGCCCCGAGGAGCAGAAGGAGAAGCAGAAGAAACUGGAGCGGAUCAAGACCCUCAUCGCUAAAUCAAAUCUGCAGAACAUGGUUCCUCUGCUGGACGGGCCGGCAGAGGGUGGAGCUGCAGUGAGCUCCAAGCAGCAGCUGCAGGAGCAGGAGAAGCGCAUCGAGAUCUCCUGCGCUCUGGCUGCUGAGGCAUCCCGCCGAAGCCGCCUCCUCUCCGCACAGUGCGCCCCCAGUCCCCCCACCUCCCCGACCAGCCUGGCCCACCCCCCUUCCUCUGCUGACUUCCCUAAUUCCGCCCACACCAUGAAGGCGUGAGUCAUACAAGCUCAAGCCCUGGCUGCUGUCAAGUUUGAUGGAGCAUCUUUCUGAGGACUGCACACCUAAACUGAGCUACCACAAAAGCAGGGAAAGCUGUCAGGAGGAGAGAGAGCUAAUGCAAAGCUGAGAGGAAGCUGAUGAACUGUGGAAGGCUCCAGGCCCCUCUCCAGCCUCAAGGUGUAAAAUAUUGCUAAAUAAUUGUGCUCAGGACAAUAUUUUUCAAAGUAGAGAUUACGGAUGACUCUGUUGGUAAUGAGAUAUUUUACACUCAUAAGGACAACAUGUCAGUACUACUGUUCAGUGUUGAUCAGUUUACAAGAGAAAACUGCACAUGAGAGGCCCCCUGAGGAGGAACCAGGACAGACCUGCAGAGAUAAAUGAGUCCAGGUAGAGGCCAGGUAACCGGGACUGAGGUUGACCAGUAGUAGAGGCUUUGAGCCUGCUGUUCAUUAUCUUCUAAUCUCCAUAUCAACCUGGGAAACACACACCAGGUCUAGUGGCACAGAGAGGAGUGGUACUAGUGACUGAGUGCCUUCCCCUACACAAACACACUGACACUCAGAGAAGCCUCUCAUCCUUUGUAAAAAGCUAAAAACUCACUGUGAUGCCUGUUUUAUCUAGACCUCAAACACACACACACACACACACACACACACACACACACACACACACACACACACACACACACACACACACACACACACACACACACACACACACACACACACACACACACACACACACUGCUGUCAUUUAAACUGAUGUGCAAACAUUAACAUUACAUACACUUGAUUGGGUCAGACCAACUGUCUCCUGGAAUGCUUUAAUGCAUCAGAGCGGAGGAUGAACAUCAACACAUCAAGCAUGAAAUGUCUAAAGACGACACCUCGUCCAACAUCAGACUCAGAGUCUAGACACUGAAACUAUACAUUUUCCAACCUGGUAGCCCCUUACUCAUGUACUGGUAGAAGUGACAGUGUUUGACACACAGAAAGCGUGAUAUAGGCUGAACCCUUCUUCAUGAAAGAGUCCUCUCGCAGCCUGCCAUCGCUGCAGGGCCAUUGAUCGAGGGGGGCUGUUUCUUGGUCACAUUACAUUUAGUGGUACUUUCGUCAAGGAUGAACGUUAAGGUAGUGUGCACAGCGAGGCUGGGAAACAAUCCCCUUGCUCUGUGCACUAUUUAUCCAUUGUUAGUGUGGAAGCAAGUCCGAUAGUAAAGAUAACAUCCUUAGCUUAUUUAAGUUGAAUUUUGGUUGGUCUGUCUUCUGUGCAUAGUGGAGUUUACACAUCUACUGUUGUAUGUCUUCCCUAGUGUUGUGGGUCACACAUUUUGAUAAACAGCCCACCACCAGCAGUGGAUUACAUUCUUAGGGAAACCAUAUGAACUUUUAAAAUAGCUUUUUCAAAAACAUAAAACGGCAGGCUGUGACACAUCUUCUCCCCUAGAUGUAGGCAACAUCUGACCCUCAAAGGAGGGACAGGACCUGCUCUAUCACCAGGUUUCAUAUGAGGCCAGAAGCCUUUUCCUUAUAGAACAUUUGCCUUCAGGAUACCUUCAACAUGUGGUCAUGGCACUAUGGUUUAUAACUUCAGUUUUGACAGAGAUGUAUACGACCUCUCUCCCCUACAGACACUGAUGGUUACACAAAGAGAACGUGUAAUCUGAUGAGAACAUGGGCUCUUGUGUUGAACACUGUCACAGCUGUGCUCCACACUGACCUCUACCCUGUAACCUGCUCUACAUGAACACAGUAGUUCUGACCUGUGCUGGCACGAAAUAUUGGGAAGACCUUUGUGAUGAAAUUCCCUGGGCCUUCACAUAGUGCUCAAGAAAUUCCCAAACGCUUGUCUGCAGGAGUGUAGGUAAAGUAUGUUGCUUAGAAAUGGUACCAUGUAUGUGGAAAGUAAAAAAUAGAAAUGACCUUAGAAGAGUAACUGCUAGUGCUAGCAAGCACUUGUCUGUGUUGAGAAGAGUGAGCGGGUGAUGCAGACACUGUCCUGUAACAUAUCCCAACAACAUGUCAUCCAGUCAUGCAGUGCCAUAAACUACACUACACUACAAAUCGACUGGUGACUACACUACGUGUGCUUUGUAUUAUUCUUCAAUGGGUCAUAGAGAAAGGCCCUAAAACAUUUUUUAAAAGCUCUUCAUUCAAAUGUUACAACUCUUCAGUUUGGGCCAUGCCUCGUUAUUAAACUUCCUCCAGGUUGGAAGACUUUGACCACACACACAAUCACACACACCUGUCUUUUUGAUGUGUAUGUUAUUUAUGCUAUUUUGGCCCUUACACACUUCAAGGUUCAAGUAACCUGCCUUUGUAUAAAGCUAUUCUUAUUGUUGUUGUACUCCGAGACAGAGACAAUAUGGCAAAGAAAUUUAAAAAAUACUUUUACGCUGAAACCAUUAAAAGCACUACGCAAAAAACGAAACACGGAUUUAUGAGAACACUUCUAUUUUUUCUUGUUUUAUGUUUUUUAGAAAGGGAAUGCAUUCAAAAGAGGCAGUUCAUAUUUUUUUAGACGCAUGAAUAUUCAAUGACAAGUUGACAGGUUACAUUUUUACACUUAAUUACGUUUUACAUUUUUCACAAAAAAGACUUUAUUUUAUUGCUCUGGAGGAAAUGUUUUAAGGAACAUAGAUAUUUUUGGAUAAAUUAGAAUCUGAUGUGUUGAGAAAUGACAGCCAAAAGGUGGUGACCAAUAUUUGAUACUAACUGUAGCAUUUGUGGAUUCAGAAAAAAAAGAAUAUAAACACGUACAUUACUUUAAUGUAUGCAAUAUUUUUGAUUUCAGUUACAGCAUAUCCUACUAUCACGUAUAACCAUUGCUAUUUUGCUGGAAAAUAGACUCUGCUUGAACUAUGCAAAUGAUUAAAAAAUGAUAGACUCAUAAUCUGCUUGCUUCAGAAAAUAAAUGCAAUAAAGUGAAUGUAUACAAAUAAUGUGUAUCUCCACAUGCUUCUGGAUUUAUCAAAGUAUUUUGUAUGAUAAAAGAUGUCUGGCUGGCUGGAAUGAAACAUGUACUGCUCUGAGUUUACCCCCCCCCCCGUUGAUGCUGACGUUCACUGCCAUGAAGACGACUGAGGUCCCUGUCCAGCCGCGUGUUUCCAAUACCCUGAGGAUAUUCUACAGUCUGUGUUUUAUCAAGCUGUAUUUCUGAAUGAAUAAAGUGCAAACUAAA